AUGAUUGCAGAAAUAGGUACAGAGGGCUUUCAGCCAAUGACAAGUUUUACUGAAGAAAGUCUGUUUAAAUUACAAUGUUUAAUAAAAGCAACAGAGAUACAUCAUAGUGCUCAAUGUGAAUAUGGAAAGAAAUUAUUUUUAGCACUUACAACUGGAAAUGCUGAAAUUUUUUUGUAUUAUAAGAAAGACUUAGUAUCUGCUGCAAUAAUUAAAAGGAUACCUUGGUUUCAAGGAUCGCAUAAGCAAAUUUCAGCUCUGUGUUUUCACUUUAUGGGAUCAUGGUUGCUCUCUACAAGUGUUGAUGGAUCUGUUUAUAUAAUUCCUGCUCUGUGCUUUGUAGAUGAAAAUUGUGAGAAAGACAAAAGAUGGACCACUGAUGAUAUAACUUCUUUUCCCUCUAUUAGUUCACAAUCAUCUCAUUCGAAGCCAACUGCAAUAGUAUGGUGGCAAAGUACAAUAGUACCUGCAGAAAUUGGUAUUAUUGGAACUGAAUAUGGAGAGAUUAUAUUUAUAAAUCUUGAAAGUGGUCACCAAACAAAUGUUACACAGAUUGUGGGAAAUAUUGUUAGUCUGCACAUUUGUCGUGACCAAAGUAAUGACAUUGUAUCUCUUCUGAUAACAAAUCAAUCUAGGAGACAGUGGAGAUUACUUUUAGAACAACGUACAUACAGUUGUUUACAUCAUUUGGAGAAUGGAGAGUCAUAUAACGCAUUACAUACAAAUGAUAACAUGUAUGAUAAUACCAAAAUAUUUGCUUCUACUAGAUCUAGAUUGCAAGGACUGAAACAAUUGUCUGUGGAUAAACUUGCAAUACUCAGACAAAAGUUGAUAGAAACAAAAAGUCAGACAUUGGGAGAAAAUUUGCAGUAUCAUGAUAUUACAAGUAAUCGCAAUACUCAAAAUACAACAAUUAAUUCUGAUUCUUCUAUAGAGAAUCAAGAUCAAAUAAUACCAGAACCAAUGUCAAAAGAAGUAUUUCUAAUGUCUCAGAUGGAUAGAGGAGGACAACAAUUAUAUACAUGUUAUGAUUCUAUUACAAAUCAAAUAUUGGUAUAUGGACCUAAUCUUACUACUAUGCCUUUAUCAGCACAUAAAGUAUUUGAAUCAUGUAAAAAUGUUUUAUUAACACAACGAUUUUUUUUUAUUACUGAUGUCAAUCAACGAGUAAUGUAUGUAAUAUCAGACAGAUUAUCUGAAUAUCGUAACAGUGAUAAUGGUAAAUUUAAUCCAGAGUGCAUUGUUGGUCACUUUUCUUUAGUGAAUAGUAGGGAAGUUAUACGUGCUGUGUACAGAGCAACUGACUGUACAAGUAAUACACCAACAAUACUUUCUGAGGAAAUUAAAAAUAAAUACAUGUUACCAAAGGGAAUAAAAGAUAUUAAAAUUGAAUUACCUCGUGUGGAUACUUGUAUAAUUGUAACAAAUCAUUCUGUAUAUAAGGUUGUUUUAAGGAAAUCAAUAUUAUCAACUUUUAUGGAAUUAGUAUUGAAACAUAAUGAACUUGAAAAAGCAGCAAAAUUGGCUAAAGUAUUUGGUAUUAAUGCACAACAAUUAUUAGAGCAAGCUGGUGAUAUACUUUUAACAAAUAAAGAAUUUCUACGUGCUGUAACUUGCUAUAAAUUGUCUAAAUGUAGAAUAAUGAAGAGUAUGUUGAAAUUUGCAUCUGUAGGGUAUACAGCCGACUUAUUACGUUGUCUCACACAUUGUUUAGCUUCUCCAGCUAUUAGUGAACUGCCUGUUGCACCCAGAAUACAUCUUUCUAACUUAUGUGUUCUCGCUUUUAUCGAACGGACACUUAGGGUUUCAUCCCAAAAAUCAAAGGCUAUAUAUAAAGAAUUUUUGUAUUUUUUAUCUACAAAUUCUUUUUAUGAUGAAUUGUUAGCAAUUAAUAUCGCUGGACAGACAUGUUUAUGGGAAGUGUUGCAUCACUUAGCUACACAGAAAGGUCUUUAUGGACAAAUGUUAGAUAUUCUUAUGAGGACAAUACAUAAUUUCAGCACAAGCAAUUUCCAACCAACACCAUAUGGUUUGUUGAUAUGUAUAAGUGAGCCAAGUUUAAUGCAAGCAAUGUUAAUAUAUCCUGAGUUAGCUAGAAGUCAUAUGUCAUUUAUUCUUGAUAAUCUUCAGAACUCGCAAAUUUUUGUACUUCAGAGAUUAGUAACACUAUACGAUCCAACGAAUCCAGUGAUAAGACCUAGAGUAGUGCGAUGCCGAUUACGCCAUAGAACUACAUCGCAUAGUUCUCAAUCUAGUCAAUGUGAUUCUAUAGAUCUCGUGGAAAAUGAUGAGGCUGAUGCAUUAGUAGAGGAAGUCAUAGAAACUUUUUUACUAAUUUUACUGACUUUAAUUUAUAAAAAGUCUAUUUUACACCAAGAAUCUAUUAUAUGUAACACUGAAUUAUUAGGACUUAAGAAGGAUCAUAAUAAUACUAAUUCUGGUGCUGAUUUUAAAAGAAGACCAUUAUGUUCUGGAUUUUCUCAUGUUGCUCUUAUCAGAAAUGGAAAUGUUUAUACAUGGGGAAGUUCUGUGCAAGGAUGUUUGGGAACUGGUCCAUCUGUAUUGAGAUAUGGUUCACCUCAAGCUAUACCUUUCUUUGGGAUUAUGGAACUUGAAGUUCUUAGUGUAUCUUGUGGUCACUGUCAUACUUUGGCAGUAACUAAUAACGGCGUUUAUGCGUGGGGAUCAAGUCAGUUUGGACAAUUGGGUUUGGGUAAAAUUUUACAGUGUCCAACUCCUGAACUGAUUACUUCUUUGGCUCAAGAAGUUAUCAUUGAUGCAGUAACUGGGCAAUAUCAUUCUGUGGCAUUAACUUCUGAUGGUAGAGUCUUUACAUGGGGUUGGGGUGUGCAUGGUCAGUUGGGUCAUGGUAGUACUGACAAAAGAAUGACUCCUACAUUAGUUACCUCUUUACUUGGUACAGUAAUACGUUACAUCAGUGCUGGUCAUGCACAUACACUAGCUCUUUCAGCAGAGGGUAUUGUAUAUGCAUUUGGUUGUAAUAUUUUUGGACAGUUGGGCGUGGGGAAUAAUGUUAAAAGUUCAGUGCCAGUUAAAGUUUCGUUAUCAGAACGAAUAUCUCUUAUCACAACUGGAUAUUUUCACAAUCUUGCUGUUAGUUAUACAAAUAAGUUAUAUAUCUGGGGAGCUAGUCCCCAAGUUCUUCGAUUGCAAGCACAAACACAAAAACGGACUCGAAUAUUGGAACAACGAGACGGUAUUGUGAAACAGUUUGAAAAUAUUGAUGAGUUCGAAAAAGUUUCAGAUUCUGCAAAUAUGAAUGAUACAAAUGAAGAACUCAUAGAAAAUAAUGCACAAAAUAAAAAUGCACAAACAAAAGCAAGUGGGAUCAGUACAGAAUCGCGAAGAAAACAAUUGGAUAACAUAUGUUUAAAAAAUGUAAAUGUUGGGUCACUUGAAGAGGCUCAAACACAUUUAAAGCCAACCAUUGUAGAUACGAGUUUAGUUAAAGGGGAUAUCAUACAGAUAUCAACUGGUUGUCAUCAUAAUGCUCUUGUGACGAAAGACGGAUCGCUUUAUACAUGGGGUAGAAAUUUAGAUGGUCAGAUAGGUAAUGGUAGCAGACGGGAAGUACCAAUUCCCACGCCACUGUGCUAUAAUCCUGCUUCCAUUUUUGCACAAGUACCUCCAAGGCAUAAUGCCUAUAAACGAGUAGACGAAGAGCAGGAUUUUAAUUGCGGAAUAAAGAGUUGCGUAGUAAACGAGAAAAAUGGAAAUGUGCAUGAUGAAACCAAAUCCUUCCAAUCAGAAUGUAGCGAAUCCAAGGAAAAAAUAAACCCUGUAAUUAAAACUGUUGGAGUUUACUGUGGAUACGAUUAUACAAUCGCUAUUCAACCAGGAGGUACAGUUUUAGCUUGGGGUAAUAAUAGUAGAGCACAGUUAGGCCGGCUUCCUGCAAAAGAUACACGUGAUACCGACGAUAAGCUUGUGUUGAUUAAAAAGCGAGUUGUACGGCUCCCUCACGCAUCGCAUGUAGCUUUGGACGUGCCUAGUCAAGUUCCUAAUAUUCCUGCUCCCAUUAUUUCUUAUCAAAGUUAUGACAUACCUUCUCUGGCGGGUAUUAUUCGCCCUUUAAGUGUUAUUGAAAAAUCACCAGGAGAAUUGACUCUACAUUAUGCAUUAGAAUAUUUCUCUGGUUUAUAUGAUUCCUCGAGAGUUAUAGAGAAGUGUGCAGAGUUGGGAAAUUAUCAAGCUUGCUCAAAAAUAGCUAUGCUACAGCAUAAUAUUUCUGAUGCCUUUUCCUAUCAAUUAAAAGUUUUACAUGCACUGAGUCUUCAAUCUUGCUCAAAAAUGAAGUCUGAGAAUUUGCACGGAAAAAUGGAACGGAAGCCUGUAGAAGAGCCUGAUUUAAAAAAAUCUUCGUCUACACAUCACGUUAAGAAAAACACCGAACUUUUUAACAAACAAGUAGAAAAGAAUUUAAUCGAUUCUGUUGAGGAUUGUGCUGCUAAAAAUAAAAUGAAAAUUCCUGCGAGUAAAUCGCUGAAUAAUUUACAAAUGCUUCAACAAGAAUUGUACACAUUUGAUUGUCAGGGUGGCUUAGAAGAAUUGUGUAAAGACACUAAGUGUGAAAACACAUCUAUGGGUAUUUUCGAAGACAGUUUUAAUUCUGAUGCUAGUUCUGAUUCAGAGGAAUGGAUGGAAAAUUUUAUUUUUGAGGAGAAUCAACUACAGAAACAAGGAAAACCAAAAAAAUCUAUUGAAGAUAAUUCUGGAGUGUCUACACCUAUGAAAGAAACAAUGGAUCAAUUAUCUAAAAGCAUUGGAUCAUCUAAUGAAAAGAAAAUUAUACAGACACGCCAGAAUGGCGUAUCUAAUGAAUCUAUAAAAGUUAUCAAGUUUUUUUUGAAUAACAUGGAAAAUGAAGCUGAUACCACCAAGUGUAAAAUAUUACAAGAUGCUCUUGAUUUUUGGAUUAAACACGAUUUACCAAUACAAAGCAUAGAGAAUGUACUUUUAGAGCACAUACAAUCUAUUUUUUAUCCUCUUGGAUUAUUAUUAUUCUGUCAAGAAAUAAUGGACAAAUAUUUGGAUGUGAAUAAGAAUACAGAAGGCAAAAGUUUCAUUGCAGUUAACUUAUUUUCUCUUAAAUUUUGUCUUCAAGUAUGUUCUAUGUUAUUACAUAAUAUUGACCAAGGUCAACCUAUGCCUGAAUUUAUUAAAUUGUUAUCGUGUUUAACGGCUGAUCACUUUGGACCACCACUAACUGGAUAUCCAGGUUCGAGUGAAAAUAAUACAUCAAAGCAAAUGAUGGAAGGAGUUAUAAGCACUAUAUCUUCUAACAUUCAUGACUCCAAAUCAUUUGUACAUAUUAAGGAUCCGGAUGCAGUGUACCGAUUUCUUGAUACUGAAGAAGACACAAUGAUAUUCACGUGUGGACAUCAUUUUCCACUAUCCACAUAUAAAACUGAAAUAAUUUCAACGAUGGAAACCGAGUUACUAACAUCCGAAUCGUUAGUUCUUCCAUGUACAGCUCAGUACUUAGGAGAAAUGUUGUCUCAGACUACCAAGCCAGAAAUACUGUGCCCACUGUGUAUACCAAGAGCACUAGAAACGUUGGUAAAAAAGCAUAAUGGAUGAAAACAAGGCUCAGGGGAUACUCUUUUAGAAUUUUGAUAAAUAGGAAAAAGGAACAAGAACAUAAAGAUAACCGAAUUAAGUGAAAAAUGUAUCAAUGCUCACAAGAAUGGCGUCAAAUAUGUACGAUACUAGUAAGCAGCGCGACCACGAAAAUGUUAAUAUAUUUGUUAACCAAAAGUGAGUUACUGUAAAAUUACAAUAUACAAUUGUACAGUAGUUAUAGCAACGUUGUAAAAUAAAUAGAAAAAAGAAAAACAAAGUUAGGGAAUAGGCACAGUUAUUAUCUGUGCAAUUUUACGAAA